AUGAGCACGACACCUACACGUUGUGAACGUUCCACCGAGGAGGCCAAUGGGGUUAACAUGACAACCGAGAUGGACGUGAAUCGAUUGGACUUCUACAUCGGUCUGUCUCUGGCCGUGAGCUCCAGUGUUUUUAUCGGCUCAAGUUUCAUCCUGAAAAAGAAAGGCCUGCUCCGAUUGGCCAACAAGGGAUCGAUGCGAGCAGGUCAAGGGGGGCAUGCGUAUCUAAAAGAAUGGCUCUGGUGGGCAGGACUUAUUUCAAUGGGAGCUGGAGAGGCUGCCAACUUUGCUGCAUAUGCGUUUGCACCAGCCACACUGGUGACCCCCCUCGGAGCUUUGAGUGUUCUUGUUAGUGCUGUGCUCUCUUCCUACUUUCUGAGCGAGCAGCUGAAUGUCCACGGUAAGAUCGGUUGCUUGCUGUGCAUCUUGGGCUCCACAGUCAUGGUGAUCCAUGCACCACAGGAAGAGGAGGUUGCCUCCCUCAGUGCGAUGGCUGAGAAACUCAAAGACCCAGGUUUUAUAGUGUUUGCUGUGUGCGUUGCGGGAAGCAGUCUGGUUCUAAUCUUUGCUGUGGCUCCACGGUUUGGACAGAAGAAUGUCCUGGUCUACAUCCUGAUCUGCUCCGUGAUUGGCUCCCUCUCUGUGUCUUGUGUCAAGGGCCUGGGAAUUGGCAUUAAGGAGCUGUUCUCAGGGACAGCGGUGCUGAAGGAACCCCUGUUUUGGUCCUUAGCCAUCUGCCUGGUAAUCUGUGUCAGCAUUCAAAUCAAUUACCUAAACAAAGCUCUGGACAUAUUUAACACUUCCAUCGUCACCCCGAUUUACUACGUCUUCUUCACCACGUCUGUCAUGGCCUGCUCCGCCAUCCUCUUUAAGGAGUGGCUAAGUAUGACCACUGAUAUGAUAGUAGGAACAAUUAGCGGAUUCCUCACCAUCAUUUUGGGAAUCUUCCUCCUCCAUGCCUUCAAAGACACAACAUUUUCAUGGGAUGCCCUUCCGCUCUUUCUAAAGAAAAGCCCACAGGCCUUUCCGUGGAGACAGCAGCCUUAUAUGGCUCUUCCUGACCAUGAUUCACAAGCAGAUAACGGCAGAAAGCUGCCCAGAGAAGAAGCCUCAAAGAGGGAAUGGGGAACACAUCUGAGAGCCCCUUAAACAGGACCAGUAUUACCACCAGAGGAAAAGGAAAUCAGUUCUGAAGCUUCAAUGCACAUUAUUGUAGUCGAAUGUGACUGGUGUCUUAAAUCUGAAUUUAGAACUUCGGGCUCUUGUACACCAAACUGUUGGCCAUGCUGUACGUCUGGAGCGUCUAUGAACAUUUUUGUUGACACGUUAUUGGUGGUCAUUUUGUCAGGUUGUGUGGCUGUAGGUUCAGACAGUGACAUAAAUCACCCCAAAAAGCUUCUGAGCCUACUGGAUGAACUCUAUUAUGAUUAAUUAGACUGUAAUGCUGAUAAAUAUCAGUGUAUCAAAUCACACGUGUGCUAAAAGCGCAGAUGUGUGAAAUGUUUCAUUUUCCAAUCAAAUGCAGGUUUUUUAGUCCAGACAUGUUUAAACCACUAAACUAAUAAGUAAAGCAUUUCAGUUUUAUGAAAACAUUUCAGUUUUUUACUUUAUUAAAUGAGUGAUUUUGUGUCCUCUCGAACAUUGGCGUUUUUUUUCUUCCUUGGCCAUUGCUGAGGUGAUGAACCACAUCGGCUUGCUCCGUCAGUGGCAGUUGUUGGCAUCAGUUUGGUGUGUGAGAACCCCAACACAAUGUGGAAAGCACUGGAUGAGCCAAGUUUCUAAGCUAAACCUGGAUUUUUAUUUCAGGGCCCGGGGGAGGAGGGUUGCGGGGAUGGGACGGCUGAAAUUGACAUUAUGUAGUGUUAUUCAUUGCAAUGCAAAUGUCUGGUGCACUGUUUUAUUUACCAUAAUCUGUUUUUUAGGAAUUAAGAUUCAUUACCGCUCUACAAAAGCCAGAUUGUGCCUUCUGUUACAAAUAUGUACAAAUAUGAAGUUAUUUGCUGCCAACAUUAAGGCGGUUUGAACAAUUCCUUUGAGUUACUGUAAUUCCUCAGUGUUAUGUAAACCAAAGAAUGUCAUUUUCUCUUUAAAUGUUCAUCACCAACAUGUGCCAAGCAGUAACAUAUCGCUCAUGUUAUUGUACUUAUUGGUGUUUGUAAUGCCAAUAAAAGACUAACUAAAAGAGGAAGUGAAUUAUUUUUCAAAAGCAUAGACAAAAAUGAUUUUGC